AUGUGCAAGGCAUUCCCCCAAACCCUCACAAAUGCAGCUAGAGAUUGGUUUUCCACAUUGGAACCGAACUCCAUCACCUCCUUCUUAGAUUUGGCCGAUAAGUUCUCCGCUUUCUUUACGAGCAGCAAGCGAAUCAGAAAGACAGCCGCAUCACUCAUGCAGAUGCGUCAAGGACCCAACGAAACACUGCACAGUUUCAUGACUAGGUUCAAUAAAAAAUGGCUUCAGAUUCUCGAUCUAAAAAUCACAGCUGUAGUCUCAGCUCUGACAUACACCAUUAAGUGCGAAGCAUUCAAGAUGUCCUUGUCUAAGACCUCGCCGAAGUUAGUCACCGAGCUAUUCACACGGGUUGAGAAGUACAUCAAUAUGGAAGAAACCAUGGCCCCGAAAAGGGAAGCUACAUUAUUAGGGAGGUUGGAUCAGAAAAGGCCGCAUGAGUCCAGCUUAAGACGAGACACCUAG